UCACCACCCUCACGGCUCAGUUUCCUAUCGACUGACCACUAUAUAUACAUCCUAAUGCUCCAUGCCACUGGUCGAUCCUCAUAUACACUUACAUAGAGCCAAGUAAGCAUCACAUCCGGUGAUCAUGAUGAGGUCCGCCAAAUUAGCUUGCAUGCCUUCUUACCCGCUCAUCUCUAUCACCGUCGCCGUCCUCUGCCUCGCCGGGGUUCGCGACGCCGCCGCCUUCGACUACGCGGACGCACUCGACAAGGCGAUCCUCUUCUUCGAGGCGCAGCGCUCCGGGAAGCUGCCUCCGGGCCAGCGUGUCACGUGGCGCGCCGACUCCGCCCUCUCCGACGGAUCUGCCAGCAACGUGGACCUGGUUGGAGGGUACUACGAUGCCGGCGACAACGUCAAGUUCGGCCUGCCGAUGGCGUUCACGGUGACGAUGCUGUCGUGGAGCGUGAUCGAGUUCGGGGACACGAUGCCGCGGGGCGACGACGCCGAGGACGCCGUGCGUUGGGGCGCCGACUACCUUCUGAAGGCGGCGACGGCGACGCCGGGCGCGCUGUACGUGCAGGUGGCGGACGCGUACCAGGACCACCGGUGCUGGGAGCGGCCGGAGGACAUGGACACGCCGCGCUCCGUGUACAAGGUGACGCCGCAGAGCCCCGGAUCGGAUGUCGCCGGCGAGACCGCGGCGGCGCUGGCCGCGGCCUCGGUCGUGUUCCGGAGCCGCGACCCGGCCUACUCGUCCAGGCUGCUGCGCGCCGCGCAGGAGGUGUUUGGUUUCGCGGACCGGUACAGGGGAGCCUACAGCGACUCGCUCAGCUCCGUGGUUUGCCCCUUCUACUGCUCCUACUCCGGCUACCAAGACGAGCUCCUUUGGGCGGCGGCAUGGCUGCAGCUAGCCUCGUCGCAGGACGUGUACAUGGCGUACAUAAGGUCCAACGGGCACACCCUCGGCGCGGAGCAGGACGACUUCACCAUCAGCUGGGACGACAAGCGCGUCGCCACCAAAAUCCUCCUCUCAAAGAUGUUCCUGCAGAAGAAGGUGGACGGCUUAAACGUGUACAAGGCGCACGCCGACAAGUACAUCUGCUCCCUCGUCCCGGGAGCCAGCGGGUUCCAGUCCCAGUACACACCAGGAGGUCUUCUGUUCAAGGAAAGCGACAGCAACAUGGAGUACGUGACAUCCACCGCCUUCAUGCUCGUCACCUACGCCAAGUACCUCAGCGCCAACGGCGGAGCAGCCUCCUGCGGCUCUACCACGGUCACUCCCUCCACCCUCGUCUCGCUUGCCAAGAAACAGGUGGACUACAUACUGGGGGCGAACCCGGCGGGGAUGUCGUACAUGGUUGGGUUCGGGGCACGGUACCCACGGCGCGUGCACCACCGGGGCGCGUCCAUGCCGUCCCUGCGCGACCGCCCGGCCCGCAUCGGCUGCGACCAAGGGUUCCGCUACCUGCGCUCGUCGGAGCCAGACCAGAACGUGCUGGUCGGCGCCGUCGUCGGGGGUCCGGACCAGCGCGACGCCUACUCCGACAGCCGCGACAACUACGCGCAGGCCGAGCCGUCCACCUACACCAACGCGCCCCUCGUCGGCGCCCUCGCCUUCUUCGUAGCGGCAGGGGCACCCCUUCACAACAAGUAGAUGUAGAGACAUCAUGCAUAACUAGCUUGAUGUGGCGUAACGAAUUAAAGUGUAUCUGAAGAAACUGGUUGAAUGCGAUCGAUCGAAAACUCGUAGCAACAUUUCUCCG